AUGCGUUCUUUGUACCUCUGCCACCUCCUGACUCUUCUCUCCAUCGGCUUCGCGAACGCUUGUAAAAAUGACGAAGACUGCAGUCUGAACGGAAUAUGUUCGAGAUGGAAAAAGGCCUGCCGUUGUGAUCCAGGCUGGAUUGGCGGCGAUUGCGGCCGUCUUGAUCUUGCUCCGGCAACACGAUACACUGGCUACAACCAUACAUACGAGCCUCCAAGUCCUGGCGAUUUCGGUAUAUGGCCUAAUGCCUCUUGGGGAGGUCGAAUCAUCCAAGAUCGUGACAACAAGCGACUAUUCCAUCUAUUCACAGUGCAGUUCAGUCAUGGAUGCGGUCUGAAGGGCUGGCGUCCUCAUUCUUACAUCAUCCGCGCUGAAUCUCAUAGCGGGCCUCAAGGACCAUACAAGUAUGCUCAGGACGUAUCGAAGAACUUCGCGCAUAAUCCAGAUAUCGUCUGGAGCCAGGCUGAUAAGAAGUACCUGUUAUACAGCAUUGGCGUGGAAUAUGAUAAGAAGUUUACAAAGUGCGAAAGCAUCAGCUACACCAGGUGGCCCAACAAUAUUUCUGUUUCGGCUGCUGACGAUAUUCGUGGUCCAUGGUCGCCAUUCAAGAUGAUCCUUGACAGUGACCGUCCAGCAGGUAUUCACGCUACCAACCCCUCCGCAUUCCCUCUCUGGACGCGCAACAACCCAACAGGCGAAAUAGUACUUGGUAUCAAAGACUAUUCAAUCUUCACUGCGAAGUCUUGGAACAGUGACUAUAAGCUCAAAUAUCAAGCAACAUGGAACGUCACAGAGCAAGAAAACCCAGAAUGGACCGAGGACCCUUUCAUAUGGCGCGACAAGCGAGGGAACUGGCACUCCAUAAACCAUUGGAUGAUAGACUAUGUUGAGAAUGAUAAACAGCAAUGGCCCCGUGUUGGAUCCCAUCUCUUCUCGCGAAAGCUCACAGGACCGUGGCAUUUCAAGCUCCAGGAGGCUUUUAGCUCAAAUGUCACUUUUACAGAUGGAUCGUGGCAGGUGUUCAAGAGAAGGGAGAGACCGAAGCUGUUCUUUAGUGAUGAUGGAGAGAUGACGCCGCUGUAUUUGACUAAUGGGGUGCAGGAGAUGAAUCAGACUGGUGCGGCUUUUACGCUUGUUCAGCCAAUUGGUACGAAGUGGGAAAAGUUUGAGAAGGACCUGGGAUUCUGA